AAGAGGCGGUGAAGAGGAAAUGGAAGAGGAGCCGGACCUCGAGAAACGGCUCUCUUCAAUGAAGCGCAUGAGCAAGUGUGUCCAGUUAUUAAGAAGGAAACAUUUACCAAAAUCCACAUGGAGUUGACACACACUGAGCUUCGAAGGUGUAAGCCUGGAUGUGAGUCUGCGAAGCGCAGCGGGUCAUCCCCGGGCCAGACGCGCCACAGAGAUACGGAGACAACGGCGACACUCGGGGAAAUCAGCAGAGUUUGCACACUAAAAAGACAAAGGAUGGAAAGAAAUGGAGGUGGAAGAACGGAUGAGAAAGUGCUGUUUUCAGAGGCUUCUAACGCUGAAGGGAAACGCGUGUACACUGGACAGCGUGUCACAAUUUGGGCGCGUGGUCGACCGAGCAGAGAGCUGAGUGUAUAUGCAGAUCAGGGUGCGGAUGGAAGAGGCAGCAGUGGAAAAAAGAGCAAGGCUACGUCUCUCCUCGAGAGUCCUGUAUUCGUGUACUACAAGCGCAGCCUGCAAAUCUAAAUAAAUCUCUUUAUCCACCCGCCUCUACGCAUCUCUAUGCACAUGUGCAUACAACAUUUGCCUGGCUUGUAUCGAUGGGUCUGAUAUGAGAGUAGUUCCCAGGAGGUUUUGAAGGUACUUUUUGGGGGCUUUCCGCGUGAUGGUGGAUGUACACGCUAAACCCCGCACACGUAUUCACGUCGUUACUCUCG